AGGACAAGUAUUAUGGACAAGUAUUUUGGAAACGCUACAUUGAUCAACGCUCAGGGCAAGGAAGUGGCUGUCAGUAGCUUGAGGUCGAACAAGGUAGUCGGGCUGUACUUCUCAGCGCACUGGUGCCCUCCAUGCCGAUCCUUCACCCCGAUGCUGGCGGAGACCUAUCGCACCAUGAAGUCGCAGGGAAAGGAGUUUGAGAUUGUGUUCCUAUCUUCCGAUCAGUCAGAAGCGCAGUUCAAGGAGUACUACUCGCAGAUGCCAUGGCUCGCCCUGCCUUUCGCCCAGAGGUCGUUGAAGGAUCAGAUUGCUGGUCAGAUCGGAGUGAACGGUAUUCCCCUCCUCGUCCUCGUGAACCCUGAGGACGGAAAGAUUCUCACCAAGGACGGAAGGAAGGUCAUCCUUGAGGACAGGAACGGUCAACAGUUUCCUUGGGAGUCUGCUCGAAGUGCGUCAGGAUCGUGCAUUGUCCAGUGAACGGAAUGCUUUCACCUGAUAGAUUCAGCUGAUAACUUCAGAGGCUGUGACGACAAGAAUGAUGUUGUCUCUCUGUUGUGAUGGGAGGAAAGAACAACUGUCUGCACUGCGCUCGAUCAUACCUUGAAUUGCGAUAUUUUGAUAUACUAAAUGAAAAAGUUCACUCUCGCC